AUAUCUGCUAGCGGUGGAUCUGGGUCGUUACAUCUCCCCCCUCCCUAGCUUCUUCUCCACCACAGCCCCAUCUUCACUCCUGACCGUUGGAAGAAGUGAAAAAAAAGAAGGAAAAAUCGACGGCUUGCAGCAGAUGGUGUUCGAUGAGAUAAAGGUGGGGAGGGGAGAGAGGAAAAUGAAGUUCUAAAAUUAAUUUUUUUUAAUAUUUAAAAAAGUUAUGUUUUUGACCUAUCUCCGCUUCACAAAUACACAAUUAAUAUUUUUAUGCCACAAUACUCCAAAUAUAAAUAAAAAAGAUGUCCAGUCAGCCUUGUAUGACAGAAAAUUAACAAAAGGACCUAAAGUGUUAACGAUAGGGACCAUAAAAACCAUUUUCUCAAACAAUCGGGGUUAAUAUAUUGAGUUUUGAAAUUCGAUGACCAAAAUGCUAACAAACUCAAACUUCAGGGACCACAAAUGUAACUUUUUCCAAAAUCAAAGAUGGACUCAUUUGUAAAGACUCAAGCUAACUUUCCUUCCCUGUCAACCAAAGUAUCGCCUUUGAGACAUUUGACCAAAGCACCUUAGCUUUAUCCUUAAGCCACGAUGCAGAAAGAGCAUCAACCGACCAAUCCUCUAAUGCCUUUGGUUUUGCACUCCUGUGUUUCAGAUAUCAUACUUUGGACGCCAAGUUCCAAUGAAGUAGUAGGUGGGAGGGAGACUCUUCGUUUCUUUUACAUAAAACACACAUCUGAGGUGAUAAUUGAUCAUAAGGGUUCCUUUUCUGCACCCUAUCCACAGGAUAUAUGUUGCACUACUGCCUAGAGGAAUAACUGAAUUUUUCCUGGGACUAUACCUUCCCAAAUUAGAUAACUCAGCUCCAUGUUCGAAAUCCUCUUCUUCUUUUUUUAUUUUUUUAUUUUUUUCUUUUUUAUGGCAAAGCUAACAGAGCUGACUUCACUGAAAAUAGGCCACUGCCUUCGAAAUUGCCAAGGAUGAUCAGUUGCCGUGACCUAACUGUUUCCCACUCUAAUUCUCUAUCAAACAGCCUCCUUCUAAGCUUGUGAUCCUAAUUAACGGUCAACGGGAUUCCACAGCUCCUUUUUAAUCUCCUUUGCACUUGAAAUACUUAAGAUUGAGUGGAACCUCAAAUUCAGCGGUUGAUUACUGAUCCAGUGGUCUCUCCAAAAGGAAAUUCUAUUACCAUUGCCCAACUUGAAUUUCACCUUCUGCCAAAAGAAAUGACUUGUUGUCUCAAUUUGUUAAAGAUGGUCUCUCACAAACUGUGCCCCAUACUUGCGUUUAAUCACCACCCUCCAAAGGGCUUCUUCUGUUUCAAAUGUCCACGUUCAUUUAGUGAAAAAAAAAAGUUGUUGCUGUAAGGUUUGCUAUUUUAGAUAUUCCAAAAAGCGAGGGGUGGUAACUGUUUUCCAAUUUACUCGUGGCUUCCUUUCGUAUCCUAGUUCCCUUUCAACAAAAUGUUUCUGAAAACUUUCUCCAUAUUUUUCCAAACCUUACAGGAAUUCUGAAAAUAGACCAGAAAUUGGAAGGAAUGCUAGCCAGGACCAAGCAUCUAUUUGGCAGUUUGGGGCCAGAAAUGGUAAUGACUGGUACACAAACAGCUGCUGAGAAGUCUCAAGUUGAUGACCGUGCCAUGGGAAAACCUCGAGGAUGGCUUAACUGGCUAUCCCUUGGUAUGUUAGGUGCUGGUGGUACUGAAGAUUCAAGUCAAUUUGCCGGUGUUAUUUCAGAUGAUGUUGUAAAGGACAUAUAUGAGGCUACCAAAUUCCACCCUCUGGCUUCAUCUACUGUCAGUGCGGCUGAUGAAGAAAGGAUCUGUUUUUGUUCCAUCAAAAUUGACAUUCAUCAGAUCUCAGCAACCUUGCUGAGCAUGAAAUACGGUCAAGAAGUUGCAAAGAUGAUAUUCAUCAAGACAAUGGUGGAGUGUAACAUUUGGGUGGAAUCUGCAACCAUCAAUUUAUUGGUCAAUUCGAUCCAGAUGGUCAAUCCACUGAACCAGAGAGUUCUAAUUUUUCUAAGAAUGCCUCAAUGUGAGAAAUAUGUUGAGACUGGUGCUCCUUCCUGUAGUUUCCAAGUUGACGUUUCACCCAAACAUGAGGUUAACCUGUCUGUAAAGGUGACGCUGAAUCCAUUAGAUGUUACUUACGAUGCCAAGUUUUUUCUUUAUUUGUUCGAGUUUUUUGAUGGAUUCAAGUCCUUCGAAUCUCUUCACACAAGGGCUCUUUCAACUCUAAAUGGAAUUGAAAAUGCCAAAGCUCGAUUGCUAUCCAAAGCUCAAUGCAUAAUGUCGGAGUAUAAGAAAGUGAUGUGGGACAUUACUGUCAAUGGAAUUACAGUCCAUGUUCCUUGGAAUACACCUUCAGAACAAAAUAACUUGGUACUUCAACUGGGGGCUCUCUGUGUAACAUCGAGAUAUGACUGGAGCUUACUAACUUCAAGAUUUAAGGAACAAUCUGUUAUGGUACAACGUUUAAGUGAUCCAAUUUUGGCAGCUGAUAUUGCUUUUACAAUUCAGCCUCAAAGUUUGUACGAGUAUUUUGAUAUCCAGCUACGGGAUUUGGAGAUGGAGAUCCAAAAGCCUUCUUAUUCUCAGAGUAUUCCUAUUUUUGAAAAGUUCAGUGCUACUCUCGCCUUACGUUCCUGUCUGAUCCCUAAUGAAUCGUCAUUGAAACAGCUGGAGGUUCUUUUUCAAAUGUCAUCACUUCAUGUACAUUUCUCUCCAUCAAUAUAUGGUGCAGCUUUGGAGCUGGCUGUGUAUUUACGUAAUUUGAUAGCAAACCACCCUGGCUUUGAAGAAUCUGAAGAUUGUGGACCACUUAACAUGAUUUCAAAUGGACAUGACAAUCAUUUUUUUGGUUACUCCAUGUCUGUACUUCUCCAUUCUGUCAGAUUUGACAUUGAUCUAGAGAACGAUGAAAAAAAUGCUUCUGUCGUCAUGCUUGCCCUAGACGAUAUAGAGAUAUGGUAUGAUAUUUUAGUUUCGGAGGAGCUAUGGAUCGGCAUGAAGGCAAUGAAUAUUGCAAUUCUUCCCAUGAAUGGUGAUGGAGAUAGGCAAAUUUUUUAUUCUGGUGGCAAUAAAUCCCAUGAUACAUCGUCUCAUCUCCAUGGCAUUCAUAGUCGACAUACCAAGAAUGAUGAUGGUUUGAAUGGUAUGAAUAUUAAUGCUGGAAAAUGCUGCACCUUACACUUCAACUCUGGCAGAAAUGAUGGAGCUAAUAUUGCCAUACAUUUGAACGAUGCUGAAAUCCACUGCUAUCCAUAUGUGUAUGGAUUGCUCACUGGGUUUUAUGAGAGACUAUCUGCCUGCAAUGCAACUUUCAGUGGUGAAAGCGACAUUGGACCUGAAAUGAAUGAUGAAUGUGUAAAACCCAUGCCUUCGCCACCAAACCAAAGAUUUGGUUUCACAAACUUUAUGGAAAUUGAUUCAAUUGGACAUGACAGCAUUCCAUUCGAUUGUUUUCCUUUCAUUACAGUACAGAAUUCUGGCUUUCUUGGCAGCCUUGAGAGUUCCGAGUGGAGAAAACAUUACAAAGUAAGGGAUAGAGAAAUAAAAAUUCCAGUCUUUGGUCUGGAGAAGGAACCUACUAUCUUCCACACCCAACCAUUAAAACCUAAAUUUGGUAUGGAUUCAUCUGUUACUUCAGGGAGUUCCUGCAACCAUAGUCUCCAUGAUAUUUAUUUGGCUUUGUGUGGAAUCAAAAUCCAUUUCCAUGAUUCUUCUUGCAUUGUUGGAUCUCUCACGCUUCCAAAUUGUAAAUCUUCUUUGUUUAUUUGUGAAGAUUAUUCUGACGUAUUAUGCUCAGUAGAGGGAUUGACCAUCACAUCCUCAUGGACAAAAAAUUAUCUUGAGUUAGUAUGGGGCCCUUCAUUUCCAUAUUUGUGUCCUAUUUUAAAUUUCCGCGUUAGACAAGGAAAAAGUGUGUCAUCGAGUGCCAAAAUUGAAAUCAGUGUUGGUAUUCAACAUGUUUGUUGUUUCUUGCCACCUGAAUAUUUGGCCAUGAUUAUUGGUUAUUUUAAGUUGCCUGAUUGGAGUUUGCAGUCAAAUGAACAAUGUUUCACUGGGAGGAAUGGGCAUGCUGGUUUAGAAGAAGAAACUUCCGUUCUUUAUAAAUUUGAAAUUCUGGAUUCAGCUUUGAUUAUGCCUGUCGAAAACUAUGAGCUUCAGUUUCUGAGGUUUGAGAUUAAACAGUUAUAUUUUACGUUCUUCUUUGGAAGCAGUUUAGAAGAUGCAUUGAAGGACAUUCCUCCUGAAUGUUCUAUUCCAAUUCACAAGCUUGCUGAGACAAAUAACUGUUUAAAUCUUUUUGGACGAGAGUUGCUUCUCUCGUUACUGCUUUUCAAGGAGAGACAUAGUUCAUCAUUUUUCUGUCAAAGUACUGAGUGUCAAAACAUUAGUCUAGUUGAACAGCUAAACGCAGAUAUCUGGGUCAGAAUACCUUGUGAAAGUGAGUUUAUCAACAAUAGCUUGCAAGCAACAUGUAUAAUGACGAGGAUAAGAAAUUGUGAAGUAAUUGUUGAUGAUAAUCAUGCACUUGAUGGAUUUAUGGCCCUACUGGAGAACAUAAAUCAAUUUGCAUCCGUUGAAGACCAAUCUAGAUGUUUCAAGUCUGAUGUUCUUCAGUUUCUUCAGUUAACGAGGUGUCUGAAGGAGGGCACUGCAGUUUUAUUUCCUGUGUCAGACACAACACUCACUGAAUUUGAAUGUUGCAUUGAUUCACUUUUUUUGAAAUUAAAACGGCAGAGAAAUGAAUUGUUGGAAAUGAAUUACAGGGUAGAAAUGCAGUUUACAUGCUCUGGAUCAUCGAGAAAUGAUUUCGUCGAUGAGAUGAAUUUUUGUUUCUCUUCGAUGGUCUUAUACUCAGUGCCCAAAUCUGUUGUCAUGGCUAAAUCCAGCUCGGAGAAAUUGUCACCUGUACCUGACAUCUUCAUUUCAAGGUCAAGUCAAGGUCCAGUUGAAAUUUGUGUUUCCCUUCCAUCUAUCGAUGUUUGGUUAUAUUGUUCAGAAUGGAUAGAGAUUGUUGAUCUAUUGAAUUCUUAUGUUGGAAAAAUGACUAAUUUUGUGAGCACGAGUACAUCGUUUAAGGAUGUUGUCCCGUAUAACACUGCAUUAGGAGAUUCAUCAAUCACUUCUCCUAAUGGUGUGUGUUCUUCGUCCAUGUCAAUUGAAUCAGCAUCAGAGGAUAUAGAGAGUGAUGAUACUAUACUUAUUGCUAGAGUAAAGGACAUGGUAAUUACGUUUCACUUUCCUGUGUAUGUUACGGAAUCCUUUAGGGAAAUUCAGAUUGCAGAAGUUGACGAGAAUGCAGAUCAGAAUGUUUCUUCUGAUGUCGUGGAAGAAAAGUACUGCAGAUUCCUUAUGGUUUCUUUUCACAGUAAAAGAACUGAGUUACUUAUUAACAGUAAAAAAACAACUUUAAAGUCUGGCAUGGAAAAAGUGUGUAGCAUGUUAUCUAAGUGCGAGGAAAAAGGUGUCCAAUCUUGUCCUCUUUUUGAAAUUUUUGGAGUCAAUUUGGAGGUUGAUGUAAGCAGCAAUCAAUUGAAGCCUAGUUUAAUCCAACUGAAGAUUCAGUGUGAAUGUUUCAAUAUUUGGUUUUCUUAUCACGUAUUCUAUUUCUGGAAGCAUAUUGAAUCCAAUAUCUCUGAGACAAACUCAUCCAUGUCUACAUCUUGUCCUAUUGAGUUCGAAGUACAACUGAAGAAAGUUUCAUUUCUACUGAGUGAUGGACGGUGGAGUUGUUGCAGACCGCUGCUGGAAAUUCUUAUGAGGAACGUUAUCUUGCGUAUUAGCAUGACCAAAAGCACCAUGGAGGACUUUAUCACUGGUGAACUGAGCAUGAAUUACAAUAACAUUCAAAAGGUGUUUUGGGAACCUUUUAUCGAGCCUUGGAACUUCACAAUAAAUGUGACUCGGAAACAAGAGAGUAGUUCUCUGUUGAACAGUUCUGUUUUGACUGAUGUGCAUCUCGUGUCUUCCUCACAUCUCAAUUUAAACCUCACAGAACCCUUUACUGAGUGUCUUUCUAGGACAAUUGACAUGAUCAAGGACGCUUGGGAUCUGAUUGGAAAAGAUGAUACUCCUCAAAGCCAACUAUCUCUGAACUCUCCCCAUGUUGAAGAUAUUAUUGCUGGAAAACAUGCUCCUUAUGUACUACAGAAUUUAACUUCGUUGCCUCUUGAAUAUCAUGUUUAUGAAGGACCCUUUGAUUCUGUUGAGUUUGACAUCUCAGAGUUCAAAGAAAGAAGAUAUGUGCAACCAGGCUGUUCUGUUCCAAUUUAUAUUAGUGAAUCUGCUGAAAAACAAUUCUUUCGUCACAGAUCCUUUCAUUCAUUGGAAAAACUAGGGGAGCAACACACAUAUGGCGUAGGUCAUCAUUUUAUUUCCAUCCAACUUGAUGGUACAUCUGUUCCAUCUAUUCCCAUUUCCAUGGAUCUUGUUGGGCAGACAUACUUUGAGGUUGACUUUUCCAAGUCAUCAAAUGAGGAACUGAAUAUGCCUGAUAACAUGUCAAAAGAUGUUGAUAGCGUGGAAAAGUAUAGAAAACAUAUGAGCAGAGGCUUCGUAGUUCCAGUUGUUUUUGAUGUUUCUGUUCAGCGUUAUGGGAAGCUUAUUCAACUGUACUCCACGGUUAUACUUUUCAAUCAAACAUCAAGGCCACUGGAGUUCCGCUUUGACAUUCCAUUUGGUGUGGCGCCAAAAAUCUUGGAUCCCUUGAACCCUGGUCAAGCAAUGCCGCUGCCUCUGCAUUUGGCUGAAGCUGGUUGUGUGAGGUGGCGUCCUAGGGGAAACUCUUACUUGUGGAGUGAAACUUAUAACCUCUCAAAUCUUCUUUCUCAGGAGAGUAAAGUAGGAUUAUUUAGGUCCUUUGUUUCUUAUCCAUCUCAUCCCAGUAGUGAUCCAUUUCGCUGUUGCAUGUCAACAAGAAAUAUUGUACUGCCUGCCCAUGAGAAGCCCAGGAAGAUCGGUAAUGAUUUAAUGCAAUCAGCAGUUGGCUCUGAUCUGAAAAUCCACAGUCCAGCUGAAUCACAGGAACGGUGUAUUCACCACUUGACCCUUAGCACUCCACUGGCAGUGAGGAGUUUUCUUCCUGAAGAAGCUAAACUAAUUGUAGAUACUGGUGGAAUGAUACAUUCUGCAAUUCUUUCAGAGGUCAAGACUUUCUUUCAUCAUAUCGAUCCUUCACAUGAUCUAGAACUUGAAAUCCAAAUCCAUGGAUAUAGACCUUCAUAUGUGAAGUUCCCUAGAGCAGAAACAUUUUGCUCAAUAGCAAAGUUCGAUGGAAUCAAGUUCUCACUUUCUGAGACCAUCACAUUGAGUCCUGGUCAAAUACACAUAACACUUGAUAAAUCGGUGGAUGCAUUUUCUGGUAGCAGAGAACUCAAUUUUUUUGUUCCCUUCCUAUUAUAUAACUGUACUGCCAUUCCCCUCUGGAUUUCAGAAUCAGCAUAUGAACAAAAAGGUGUGAGCAUCUUUGUACCAUCAUAUUACGAUACAGUUGAACAUGAACAUUCUGCAGGCGAGAGAAAUGGUCUUAGCUCAAUUACUGGGUGCAGUGACUCUCAUGCAAUAUCUCCAAGUUGGCGCAAUUCUUUAGUGAAGAAACCUGUCUCAACUAUGGAAAAUUCAAAUAUGCAGUUGGACAAUUUAAAUGGUAGAACUUUUAUUUCACGCAAUCAUCUUCAAAAGUCUUGUGUCCUGUCAAACAAAAAGGACUUUAACUUAAAAUCCUCUGAAAAUACUUCUAAAGUAAGUUCAAGUCCAAGUAGCCGUACAUCUGCAAGGGACCCUAAUUCUUUAGGUUUUAAGCAAGUGAAAGUUAGAGCACAUAUGUUUUCUCCCUGUAAACCCUCAUCUGCAGAUGAAGUUAUGGUUAGGGCGAGCAGGUCCCUGCCAGAAUGUGGUGUAGAAAAUAUUCCAAGUGCUUCUUGGUCAAGCCCAUUCUAUCUUGUUCCUAGAAAUGGUUCAGCUACUGUUCUUAUACCACAAUCAUCACCAAAUGCUGCCAAUGUGAUCUCUGUUACGUCUAGUGCAAUUUCUGGAUCUUCUCCUGAGAUAACAAGCAUAAUUAUGUUCCAGCCUCGAUUUGUCAUAAGUAAUGCAUGUUCCAAGGAUUUAUGCUAUAAACAGAAGGGAACUGAUUGUGUCAUCCCUUUGGCAGUUGGAGAACAUUUCCACCUUCAGUGGACUGAUACAACUAGGGAAUUACUGGUUUCUGUUCGUUAUAAUGAACCUGGGUGGCAAUGGUCCGGCAGCUUCAUACCUGAUCAACUUGGUGAUACUCUAGUGAAAAUGCGAAAUUAUAUCACUGGUUCCUCAUACGUUCUUAGAAUUGAAGUUCAGAAUGUUGAUGUAUCAACUGACAAUAAGAUUGUUGGAAAUGGUCAUGGAAAUUCGGGGACGAAUUUGAUUCUGCUGUCAGAUGAUGACACAGGAUACGUACCUUACAGAAUCGAUAACUUUUCAAAGGAGAGAUUACGAAUUUAUCAACAAAGAUGUGAAAAUUUUGAAACUAUCGUUCACCCCUAUACAUCUUGCCCUUAUUCUUGGGAUGAACCUUGCUAUCCACGCCGUCUAACUAUUGAGGUUCCUGGAGAACGCAUACUAGGAUCUUUUGCUCUUGAUGAUGUACAGGAUUUUGUUCCUGUGUGCUUGCCAUCAACCACUGGGAAAAAUGAGAGGAUGUUUCAUUUAUCAGUUAAUGCCGAAGGAGCCACAAAGGUGUUGAGCAUUGUUGAUUCAACUUAUCAUAUUCCAAGUGUCCCUCAUUUUGGAGAAAAGAAAAAAGUGGUUCAGAAACAGGAAAAGUUCCUUGAUUACAAGGAGAAAUUUUCGGUUUUUAUAUCUUAUAUUGGUAUUUCAUUGAUCAAUUCCGGGCCCGAGGAAAUGGUGUAUGCCUGUGCUAAAAACGUAACUAUCGAUUUGCUGCAAAGUUUGGAUCAACAGAAGUUCUCUGUAAAAUUGCUCUCUCUUCAGAUAGAUAAUCAAUUUCGGAAUAGUCCAUAUCCUGUUAUCUUGUCUUUUGAUCAAGAAUACAGAAGCAACCCAAUUGGAAGCUUGAACAAGGAUAUUGGUGCAGUAACAAGAAGUGAAAGAUUUUUGCAAGCUGAUGGCUCUCUUGAACCUGUAAUCUAUCUUUAUGCAUCAAAGUGGCGAAAGACGGAUAGUUUACUGGUUUCAUUUGAACAUAUAUGCUUAAGAAUAUCAGAUUUUCGACUUGAGAUUGAACAGCAAGUGAUGUUAAGCUUGUUUGAGUUUUUCAAAAAUGUCUCAUCAAAUUUAAAGGGUGAAGUGUCUCAAUUUUCAGAUGCCAUAAUGCAUCCUCCUGCAAAGGAUCCAGCUCAUGACUACUUCAGUCCCAGGACUGAACCUCCUCAUUUUUCAGAAUAUCCUGUUUUUGAUGGACUUGUUAGAGGUAGCACAUUAUUACCUUCAGUAGCUCCUAUUGGAGCUCCGUGGCAGCAGGUUUAUCGCUUAGCAAGACAGCAAAAGAAAGUUUAUGUUGAGUUGUUUGAUUUGGCGCCUAUUAAGUUGACAGUAAGCUUUUCCACCAUUCCAUGGGUGCUCAGGAACCCUAUCCUUACAUCUGGUGAAUUACUGAUGCAUCGAGGUCUUUUGGCUCUCGGGGACAUUGAAGGAGCUCAGAUUCAUCUCAAGCGCUUGAGUAUUGCACAUCAAAUGGCCAGUUGGGAAUCCAUUCAAGAGAUUCUGAUUAGGCAUUACUCGAGGCAACUUUUUCAUGAGAUAUAUAAGGUUUUUGGUUCUGCUGGUGUCAUUGGUAAUCCCAUGGGAUUUGCUAGGAGAUUGGGGAUUGGCAUAAGAGAUUUCUUGUCGGUGCCCGCCAAGAGCGUUUUGCAGAGUCCAACUGGGCUUAUCACUGGCAUGGUACAAGGAACUACAAGUCUUUUAAGUAAUACAGUCUAUGCAUUUAGUGAUGCUACCACUCAGUUCAGUAAAGCGGCGAGGAAGGGUAUCGUUGCAUUCACAUUUGACGAUCAAGCUUUUUCAAGAAUCGGACAGCAGCAGACAGGCGUUUCUUCACACGGUGGAGGUGUUAUUGGUGAAGUUUUAGAGGGGCUCACUGGUCUUCUUCAAUCACCAAUCAAAGGAGCUGAGAGACAUGGUCUUCCAGGGGUCUUCUCAGGCAUUGCAUUAGGAAUCACAGGACUUGUGGCAAAACCAGCUGCCAGUGUUCUAGAACUUACUGGAAAAACAGCCCAGAGCAUACGAAACCGAAGUAGGUUAUAUCAAAUGAGACCACAGCACCUUAGAGUACGUCUUCCUCGUCCUUUAAGCAGCGUACUUCCUCUGCGGCCUUUCUCCUGGGAAGAAGCAAUCGGAACAUCGGUACUUCUCGAGGCUGGAGGAGAUGACAUGAAACUCAACGAUGAAGUUUUAGUUGCCUGCAAAGCUCUUAAACUAGCUGGAAAAUUUGUUGUCAUCACUCAGAGUUUAAUCUUAAUUGUUAGCUGUGCAAGCUUAGUCGACUUGGGCAAGCCUGAAUUUCGGGGCGUUGCUGCUGAUUCCAAAUGGGUGAUCGAAUCAACCAUCGGUCUGGACACUGUCAUUUACGCCGAUACCAACACUGAUGGAGCUGUCGUGCACAUCGUCGGAAGCAGCUCUGACUUAUUAUCAACGUCAAAUAAAUCUCACCAGAAAAGAGUGAUUGGGAAUAGUAGUAGGACAGUAAGAUGGACUGGUCCAACUCCUCUUCCUAUUUUUGAGACAAACCUCGAACUCGAACUCAAGGAAGAUGCUCAAAAUCUGUUAAAGAUCUUGUUGUCUACAAUCGAAUUAGCAAAAGAGCGGGGCUGGCACCGUGGUCAUGUUCUUCAUCGAUAUGACGUAAAAUAGGCCAACGCCUCGUCUAAUCCUUAUGACCAAGCUUGGCAGGCCAAUGAAUUAGUUUAUGACCAAGUCUAUGUAAAUGAUGUAUAGACGUUCAUUCUCUCUAAAGGGGAGAUAAAUUUGCAGCCACAUUGUAAAUGGUUUGUUCUGUGAUUACAUAUCUACCAAUUCAUUUUAUUGUUUGAAUAAAAGUUGAAAGAAAAAUGAUCCUUUUA